AUGGACAAGCUGCCCCCCUCCAUGCGGAAGAGACUCUACAGCUUGCCCCAGCAGAUAGGACCCAAGGCGUCGAUCAUGGAUGAGGAGGAAGACAGCGACAAGGACACCCGGAGGAAAAGCAUCAGGCUGAAGCCACUGCCUUCGCCCUCUGCUGGGAGCACCCGGGCUCUCGGGGGAGACCCUGGCCGAGGGGGUGACCCCGGCCUCGUGGAGACAGAGGCGGGCAGCAAGGGUGCCAAGACCAGCACCAACGGGGACUGCCGCCGCUUCAAAGGGAGCCUGUCCUCGCUGACCAGCAGGCACCUCCACGACACGGCUGAGGAGAAGAGGCUGAUCGGCGGUGAAGGGGAUCCGGCCUCCCCCAGUGAGGACAAGAGCCCCCCUGGCAGUUUGGAGCUGGAGCAGGGACUGCCAGCGCCUCCUCCGCCAGCGUCCCCCCCGGAGCUCCAGCAGCAGCCCCCCCGGGCUUGCUCCUCUACCUCCAUCAAAGUGGAAGGAGGUGGAGGGUGCGACCAGAUCACCCCAGAUGAAGAGCAGAGGCUGGGCCAAGCCGGUUUCAUGCAGAGGCAGUUUGGGGCCAUGCUCCAGCCGGGGGUCAACAAAUUCUCCUUGAGGAUGUUUGGCAGCCAGAAGGCCGUGGAGAGAGAGCAGGAAAGGGUUAAAUCUGCUGGGUUCUGGAUCAUCCAUCCCUACAGCGACUUCAGGUUUUAUUGGGAUUUGACCAUGCUGCUCCUGAUGGUAGGGAACCUGAUCAUCAUCCCUGUGGGCAUCACUUUCUUCAAGGAUGAAAACACUACGCCGUGGAUUGUCUUCAAUGUGGUUUCGGACACGUUCUUCCUCAUCGACCUUGUCCUCAACUUCCGAACUGGGAUUGUGGUGGAGGACAACACAGAGAUCAUCCUAGACCCACAGAGGAUCAAGAUGAAGUACCUGAAGAGCUGGUUUGUGGUGGAUUUUAUCUCCUCCAUCCCUGUGGACUAUAUCUUCCUGAUAGUUGAAACCCGCAUUGACUCGGAGGUGUACAAGACAGCCCGGGCGCUGCGCAUCGUGCGCUUCACAAAGAUCCUCAGCCUCCUGCGGCUGCUGCGGCUCUCCCGCCUCAUCCGCUACAUCCACCAGUGGGAGGAGAUCUUCCACAUGACCUAUGAUCUGGCCAGUGCAGUGGUGAGGAUUGUGAACCUGAUUGGGAUGAUGCUGCUGCUGUGUCACUGGGAUGGCUGCCUCCAGUUCCUCGUGCCCAUGCUGCAGGAUUUCCCUGACGACUGCUGGGUGUCCCUCAACCGCAUGGUGAACGAUUCCUGGGGGAAGCAGUAUUCCUACGCGCUGUUCAAGGCCAUGAGCCACAUGCUGUGCAUUGGCUAUGGGCAGCAGGCACCCGUUGGCAUGUCAGACGUGUGGCUCACCAUGCUGAGCAUGAUUGUGGGAGCUACCUGCUACGCCAUGUUCAUCGGCCACGCCACCGCCCUCAUCCAGUCGCUGGACUCCUCACGGCGGCAGUACCAGGAGAAGUACAAACAAGUGGAGCAAUACAUGUCAUUCCACAAGCUCCCUGCAGACAUGCGGCAACGCAUCCAUGACUACUAUGAGCACCGCUACCAGGGGAAGAUGUUUGAUGAGGAAAGCAUCCUGGGAGAGCUGAGCGAGCCCCUCCGGGAGGAAAUCAUAAACUUCAACUGCAGGAAGCUGGUGGCUUCUAUGCCCCUCUUUGCCAAUGCAGAUCCCAACUUUGUGACAUCAAUGUUGACCAAGCUGCGGUUCGAGGUAUUUCAGCCAGGGGAUUACAUCAUCCGGGAAGGCACCAUUGGCAAGAAGAUGUACUUCAUCCAGCACGGGGUGGUGAGCGUCCUCACCAAAGGCAACAAGGAGACCAAGCUGGCAGAUGGCUCCUACUUUGGAGAAAUCUGCCUGCUGACACGGGGCCGGCGCACAGCCAGCGUGCGAGCAGACACCUACUGCCGCCUCUACUCCCUCUCCGUGGACAACUUUAAUGAGGUGCUGGAGGAGUACCCCAUGAUGCGGCGAGCAUUCGAGACAGUGGCUCUGGACAGGCUGGACAGAAUCGGCAAGAAAAAUUCCAUUCUGCUGCACAAAGUCCAGCAUGACCUCAAUUCGGGUGUUUUCAACUACCAGGAGAAUGAGAUCAUCCAGCAGAUCGUGCAGCAUGACAGGGAAAUGGCACACUGUGCUCACAACGUCCAGGCUGCCGCUGCUGCCGCCGCCUCCACUCCCACCCCUGUCAUCUGGACCCCACUGAUCCAGGCACCCCUGCAAGCUGCAGCAGCCACCACUUCUGUCGCUAUAGCUCUGACCCACCAUCCACGCCUUCCAGCAGCCAUCUUCCGUCCUCCCGUGUCCGUCCUGGGCUCCUUGGGACAGCAAUCCAACCAGACUCCAAGACAGCUAAAACGAAUCCAGUCUCUAAUCCCGUCCACGGGUCCUUCUGCCGUUGGCUCUCCUUCCAGUACUCUGUCCCAGCUGCAUACCCCAGGAGCAGAAACCCCUUCCUCCUCCUCCUUCCACAUCCAGCAGCUUGCAGGAUUCUCAGCAGCUGCUGGCUUAGGCCAGUUCCAGGUGGGGUCCCCUCCAAGCGGCUCAAGCCAGCCGGGUUUGAGCAGCACAUCCACAGCGGGACUGAGCCAGUUCCAACAUGGGAAUUCUGGAUCACCCUUAGGUACAGCUCAGUCCAUGCAGCAGCCACAGCAGCAGCAGCAGCAGCAGCCAGCCCUUUCCAGCAGUGGAUUUGGGCAUUUCCAGCAAGCCACAACUGGAUCACCGUCAACAUCUCUCACCCAGCUCGCAUCAAACUCACCCCCCAGUCUUCUCAACCAGUUCCAGCCCACCACAAGACCACUGCAGGGGGGACAGUUACAGCAGCUCUCGGGCAGUGGGACUUUGGGAGGAAUGAAUCACUUCCAGCCCCCUCCUUCUUCCAACUCUCCAUCUUCCAGCCUAAGCCAGCUGGCACAGGUCUCUGGUGGGCCGUCCUCAGGUCUGUGCCAAACACAUCCAAGUGCAUUAGGAUCUUUAACUGGAACAAUAGCCCAGCUCCACCAAGAACGGCCACCUUUUGCCUCCAUGUCUCCACUACAACAGUCUGGUGUCGCCUCUCCCUGUUACACCCCUUCUGGCCUUAGUCCUCCUAGUCAGAGCCCAGUAGCAACAAGAACUUUUCAGUGUGGCCCUUCCGGGUCCUCAGGCUCUCACAGCUCUUUGCUCCUGCCUCAGACCGCCAGCCCACCUUCGCAGAUCCUGCAGGCCAAGAGCACACCGCCGGUGCCGCCGGGACGUCUGAACCAGGACAUCAAGUUGAUUUCUGCUUCCCAGCCAUCGUUGCCCCAAGAGCUGGCUCAGACACUGAGCCAAAGCUCUCAUUCCUCUAGAGAAUCCAUUUCCAGCUUCUCUCCUUUCCCUGGUGGAGGGACUGGACCUCUUGGGAAGCCUUGUAGCUCAAUUCCUGGGCGUGUGACUUUACCGCGUCAGCUGUCCUCAGGUUCUUUACCCCAUCCGCUGGUGUUUGGGGCCAGCACUGCAGGCGCUGCUUCUCUGACUGCUGGUGGGAGGAAAGAAUCCAUAGUGCUCACAGGGGACCUGGAACCUGUCAGAUCCAAAUUGCCCUCCAAUUUGUGAGGACUCCUUCUGAGAGCUGGUUAUGUCAGCCCUGCAGUUCAGUUCCUGAUGAGACUUUCAUGAAUCAUGUUUUCCUUUUCUUCUCCCCCUCCUUCCCAUUGCUUUUUCUCCACUUCUUUUGUUUAGGUUUAACUGUGAUUAGAAACAAAAAUCACACGAAAAAGAACAAAAAAAAAGAUAGCCAGGUAUUCUUAGAGCUAUAGAUUUUUGGUCACUUGAUUUUAUAGAAUAUUUUAAUACAUGGAACAAAAGGAUAUGAGUAAAUUUAAUCCAACAAGGUAACACACAGACAAGGUGUGUGCCUGAGCUGGAACAUAUGAAUGCUCAGCCAUAGAGGCCACCAAAAAAAGGUUUUCCUGUUGAGACAAAGAUCCAAGGUUGAUGUGAGCCAUAAAAGGGAACAUCUUGUCAGGCCUGUAGCUGGUGAUUUUAAGACAGCUCUGCUUGGCCUCAGCUUGGCAUCGCUUUGAAUCUGAACCUGACCCAAAGCACCUAGUCAUAGGGGACUUGGAUGGGCCCUGUGAGCAUCAAGUUUUGCUUCCUUCCAGGUUCCCCCCCUGAUCAGCAGGCUGCAGAAUAAGCAAGAAGAGGGGGAAUUUCAGCAGCAUAGU